UUUUCUUGAAUAGUGAAGCAACUUCGGAAGCCUUCGGAACUUCGGAAGCCUUCGGAAGCGUGACGUCACACUUCCGAGACGACCAUUUGAGUUACAAUCCCCGCCAGGUGGGCUAAUUUUUUAGUGUGAUCUUAAGAUGGCAUCAACAGGAGUCAACGAUCGGGGCUUGCCUGUUAUGAAUGAUCAUGCCUGCAGUGAGCAGCAACUUAAAUGUGUGCAAGAGGUUUUACCACAUGGCUACAGGUAUAGAGUAACGGCAUUUGAACCUAAAUCUGAGGGAAAAUUCAAAUGUGAAGUCCGGCUGGCAAUAUUUAAUGCAGAUGAUGCAAAACUGUGGCUUACGAAAUUUCAAGAAAGAAGCAAGGUUACCUUGCGUGCUAGGUCUUGUGUGCCAGCAAAGGAGCGGGGCAAAAAUAUUUAUAAACAAUACUUCAGAUGCCAGCACAAUACCAACCCGGUUUCUGCUACAGCCAACAGCCGUCUUGGUUCCAAGAAUUCAAACUGUCCAGCUCUGCUAACAAUUGUUGUACGGAGACAGCUUGGAAAAUACAGCAGGUACUACUCUUGAAGUGUAAAUACUAUGAUGAUCAAAAGAAAGAUAAUGAAUAUGGGCAAAGCAGUAUGUUAAGUUUACACAUAUUUUGUCUGUUAAUGUUCAAAAACAAAGUAACUACAGUCUGUAUGUCAUU